AGCGGCUGAUCGGCUUCUGUCUCUGGGAGGGCUGCCGAGGCGGCGGCGGCGGCGGCCGGGCGCCGGCUGGGGGGGCGCUGAGGCGGGAGCUCCGGCGGCGCUGGGCGCCCCCGACUCCUCAGCCUCUGCCGGCCAUGGGCUCCGAGAAGGACUCCGAGUCGCCGCGCUCCACCUCGCUCCAUGCGGCCGCCCCCGACCCUAAGUGCCGCAGCGGCGGCCGGCGCCGGCGCCUCACCUUCCACAGCGUCUUCUCCGCCUCGGCCCGCGGCCGUCGCGCCCGGACCAAGCCUCAGGCCGAACCGCCGCCCCCGGCUGCGCCGCCGCCGCCUCCGCCGCCGCCCGCCCCGGCCCCGGUUGAGGCUCAGGCCCCGCCGGUGGAAGCUCUGCCCUCGGAGCCCGCCGCCGAGGCUGAGGCGGAGGCCGCGGCUGCCGGGCCGGAGGAGGACGAGGCGGCCGAGGGCGGCGGCGCGGAGGAGGUGGAGUGCCCGCUGUGCCUGGUGCGCCUGCCGCCCGAUCGGGCCCCGCGCCUCCUCAGCUGCCCGCAUCGCUCGUGCCGGGACUGCCUCCGCCACUACCUGCGGCUGGAGAUCAGCGAGAGCCGCGUGCCCAUCAGCUGCCCCGAGUGCAGCGAGCGGCUCAACCCACACGACAUCCGCUUGCUGCUGGCCGACCCGCCGCUCAUGCACAAGUACGAAGAGUUCAUGCUGCGCCGGUACCUGGCCUCGGACCCCGAUUGCCGCUGGUGUCCGGCCCCUGACUGCGGUUAUGCUGUUAUUGCCUAUGGCUGUGCCAGCUGCCCAAAGCUAACCUGUGAGAGGGAGGGCUGCCAGACUGAGUUCUGCUACCACUGCAAGCAGAUAUGGCAUCCAAAUCAGACCUGCGAUAUGGCUCGUCAGCAGAGGGCUCAGACUUUACGAGUUCGGACCAAGCACACUUCAGGACUCAGUUACGGACAAGAAUCUGGACCAGAUGACAUCAAGCCAUGCCCACGAUGCAGUGCUUACAUUAUCAAGAUGAAUGAUGGGAGCUGUAACCACAUGACCUGUGCAGUGUGUGGCUGUGAAUUCUGCUGGCUCUGCAUGAAAGAGAUCUCUGACUUGCAUUACCUCAGUCCCUCUGGCUGUACAUUCUGGGGCAAGAAGCCAUGGAGCCGCAAAAAGAAAAUUCUUUGGCAGUUAGGCACAUUGAUUGGUGCUCCAGUGGGGAUCUCACUCAUUGCUGGCAUUGCAAUUCCCGCCAUGGUCAUCGGCAUUCCUGUAUACGUGGGGAGGAAGAUUCACAGCAGGUAUGAGGGAAGGAAAACCUCCAAGCACAAGAGGAAUUUGGCCAUCACAGGAGGAGUGACCUUGUCAGUCAUUGCAUCCCCAGUAAUCGCUGCUGUUAGCGUUGGUAUUGGUGUCCCCAUUAUGCUGGCGUAUGUUUAUGGGGUUGUGCCCAUUUCUCUCUGCCGUGGAGGUGGCUGUGGAGUUAGCACAGCUAAUGGAAAGGGGGUAAAAAUUGAAUUUGAUGAAGAUGAUGGUCCAAUCACAGUGGCAGAUGCCUGGCGAGCCCUCAAGAACCCCAGCAUUGGAGAAAGCAGCAUUGAGGGCCUGACCAGCGUGCUGAGUACCAGUGGAAGCCCUACAGACGGACUCAGUGUCAUGCAGGGUCCAUACAGCGAGACAGCCAGCUUUGCUGCCCUCUCAGGGGGCACACUGAGUGGUGGUAUUCUCUCCAGCGGCAAGGGAAAGUACAGCCGGUUAGAAGUUCAAGCUGAUGUCCAAAAGGAAAUUUUCCCCAAAGACACAGCCAGUCUUGGUGCAAUUAGUGACAGCGCAAGCACUCGUGCUAUGGCCGGUUCCAUAAUCAGUUCCUACAACCCACAGGACAGAGAGUGCAACAAUAUGGAAAUCCAAGUGGACAUUGAAGCCAAACCAAGUCACUAUCAGUUGGUUUACCCGCUGCCUUGUGCAGUAAAGAUGGGGCAUCCAGACAGCAGCCGCUGUGGAAGAUCUUACUUCUCAGGCUCCCCAGGCCACCUUGUAUUUCCUUGCACGUUGGACCAGGAAAUGCUGGAGAUUGCUCAGGACUGUGAGAAGCUGAGUGGAGAGGAAGGGACGCCAGGUGAACAGGGGCAUGAGCAGCAGAGGCAGAGGAAACAGCAUAACCCAGCAGGAACUGGAGCCGGUGACAGUGUUCACAGAAGAGUAGAGGUCGCCCAGGCUUUUGCCGAGGGACAUAUGAUGCCACCACAUGACAGAGAAGGACAAUGUUGGGGAGAUAAGUAACCAGAUGGGCUUCUG